AUGGGGAAUCAAGGAUCAUCGCCCCACGAACCUCUAGACCGUGCUCAGGCGCAGAAUGCUGACCUCAAAAUGAAGUCGUCGGUGCGCAGUUCGUUGCGGCGGGCGCGCGCGGGCGCGGCGCUGUCGCCGCCGCGGGCCGGCAUGGAGCGGCUGCGGCGCUCGUUCCGGGAAUCGUUCCGGCGUCGAAAGGGCUCACCCCCGGAGUCGGCCCGCCCUCACCAGUGGCACGCCGACGAAGCGGCCGUGCGCGCCGGAACAUGUACCUUUCCCGUGAAAUACCUCGGCUGCGUCGAAGUGUUCGAAUCGCGUGGGAUGCAAGUCUGCGAGGAGGCGAUAAAAGUUCUCAGGAACUCAAGGCGAAGGCCAAUCCGCGCGGUGCUCCACGUGAGUGGCGACGGACUGCGUGUUGUGGAGGAAGAGACCAAGGGACUCAUCGUCGAUCAGACUAUUGAGAAGGUUUCCUUCUGUGCGCCCGACAGAAACCACGAGCGAGGAUUUAGUUACAUCUGCCGCGACGGCACGACGCGGCGCUGGAUGUGCCACGGGUUCCUCGCGUCGCGGGACAGCGGCGAGCGGCUCUCGCACGCGGUGGGCUGUGCGUUCGCCGCGUGCUUGGAGCGCAAACAACGUCGCGACAAAGAGUGCGCUGUCUCUAUGAGCAUAGACGCCGCCAGUCACGCCUUCACUCGUCAGGGCUCCUUCCGUAAAUCAGUGAUAACGCGUCGCGCGUCGGAGGCGGACACGCCACUAUCGGGCGUGACGGGCGUGACAAGUGUGACAAGUGUGACGAGCGUGACGGGCGCGGGGGUGACGGGCGCGCGGCCGCACAACCCGUUCGCGGUGGAGCGCCCGCACGCCGCGCCGCACCUGCUCGAGCGGCAGGGCUCCUUCCGCGGCUUCGCUCACCUUAACAACAGUUCUCCGUUCAAACGGCAGAUGUCGCUGCGCAUCAGCGAGCUACCGUCGAACCUGGAGCGGCAGCGCUUGGGGCUGGGCUCGCCGGCCGCGCCGCGCGCGCCCGCCCCGCCGCCCCCCGCGCCGCCCCCGCACAAACCCCACAUACCCCUCGAGGACAAGUUUGAGGAGGUAUCGAGCAACGGUGUGGCGGACCCGGUGGCGGCGAUGUGCCAGCAGCUGUCGCUGGAGCUGCGCGCGCUGGCCGAGGAACCGGUGGCGGCGCGCGGCCUGCCGCACCCCGACGCGUGGCUGGGCCGCGUGGCCGCCGCGCCGCCCGCCGCGCCCCCGCCGCCCCCCGCUGACCCCGCCCCACUACCGCUCGCCUCCACCAACCCCUUCCUCACGCCCGCACACAUAUAA